UUGAGGACAGUGCAGCCCUGGUUGAUUAGUGCAGCCCUGGUCCGAAAAAAACAAGUGAAAAAGCGAGAUAAAUCACAUUUUAAAAUUGCACCAAAUUAAUGUUAAACAAUCGUCUCAGCACGGGUGAACUGAAAAUGUGAAUGAAAACAGCCAGUAAAAGAGACGAGCGCGAUUCGGUGGCAGUAAAUGCUGCAGUUGCAACCUGCACAUGUAUGUGUAUACGCGUGAGUGUGCGUUUGCGUAGGAGGCACCAAAAUAACAACAGCAAUCGCAGUGGCAACAAAGAAUCGGAAUCGUACUCGUACUUGGAGUCGGAAUCGCAGGGACCACUACCAUAUGCCAGUCAGUAGAGGGAACCGCAGUGCCAAUGCAUAGUCAGUAAAUCCCCAAGGAGCCAUAGGACCAAACCUCACAUCCACGCCCCCCGACAAAUCACAAGUUUCAGCAGCCAGCAGCUAGCAGCCAGCCACUCGGCCAAACUGAAACUGGAAGCCAUCGAGUGCUCCUGCUAGGGAGCCAGCAACUGCAGGUGGAGCAGGCGGAGGAGGACCUGGUGCACCCAGCACGCACCCACUAUGGGCAAUUGCCUGAAAUGCUUCCAGUCUGCCGCCGAACAAUCGAUGCCAACGAACGCCUCGUCCCCCAAUUCACACAAUUCCAAUUCCAACGCCUGCCAGACGACCACCAGCCUUGCAAAUUGCUACGAAUCGGUGGGCACUAAUCCCAAUGCCAACGAGCGCUGCGCCCUAGAAACCGAUGAACUGCUCUCCAGCCGAACUCCACUCAAGCCAGCAAAAGCAAACAAUUGUGAUACUAAGCGUAAUAGUUUUAAGUCUUUAGGUUUGCUUAAUGGCAGUGCGCCCACCAUGAGCGAUAUCAUAACAACUGCCGUCAAGGAAUCCAUGGAGGUGUCGCACCAGACGCUGAACCAACUGUUUGAUGUGUACAAAGAUCCGGACGACGAGGACAUGAUCCUGACGGACGGCAUCGAGCGACUGUGCAAUGACCUCAACUAUCAGCCCGAUGAGUUUGCCAUACUCGUCCUGGCCUGGUGCCUGGAUGCCUCGCAGAUGUGCCGCUUCACCAAGGCGGAGUUCAUCGAGGGUCUGCACAAGAUGCGGGCGGACACAAUAUCCAGCAUCCGGGUGCGACUGGAGCAGACGAUCGAGAUGCUCAAGGCGGACGCCGAGAUGUUCAAGCAGUUAUACCGCUUCACCUUCCGCUUUGGCCUGGAGCCCGAUCAGCGCGUCCUCUCCCUCGAGAUGGCCAUCGACCUGUGGAAACUUGUAUUCACUGUACAAACACCUGAUCUCUUCUCCAACUGGAUACACUUCCUCGAAAAGCACCCGAAUAUACGCCGCAUACCGAAGGAUACAUGGAACAUGUACCUCAACUUUACGGAACAAUGUGAUAUACAAAAUUACGACGACACCGAAGCGUGGCCAAGUCUCUUCGACGACUUCGUGGACUACGAGAAGAACCGGGCCCUGGUGUCGUCGGGCAUCCACGACGAUGACAACAACAACGACGAUCCCCUGCAGAGCCACGUGAAAGCCGAGGAUCCGGGUCUCGUGUCAUAGUGCAAGCCUCCAGUCUCUUCAGGGCCAAGCAACGUUCAACUCGCCAAUAGAAAUUAAAGAAUGUACAUUUUCACCCUCA